CUUCUUCAAAAUUUUGUUUUCAGAUAUAACCUUACAAAGCAGAUCUAGCAGUAGAGGUCGUCUCACUUCGUCACCAUGCCUCUGAAGAGAAACACAACCCUGAUGGUGCUGCUGCUGUGCUCUCUGGUCCUGUGGUGCAAGUCGACCAGCGCGGGCUCCAGCUUCCUCAGCCCCUCUCAGAAACCCCAGAGUAAAGGGAAGUCUCCUCGAGCCGGCCGGCAAGCCAUGGAGGAGCUUGAUCAACCCCAUGAGGGCAAUCAUAUCACAAUCAGUGCCCCCUUUGAAAUCGGAGUCACCAUGAGAGAGGAGGACUUUGAGGAGUAUGGUGUCACGCUGCAGAAAAUCCUACAGCAUCUUCUAGAAAACGCAGAAACCAGCCCAAAACCCGCC